AACCCUUUUCUCUCACACCCUUUUCCUAGCUACUUCCCCCUCUCUCAUCUUUAAACCCUCAUUCUUGCUCCUUUUCUUUGCAUUUCUGUCUAACUGCUACUCCCACAAAUGGCUUGCUUAAACCUUUGCACAGAGCUGGGCGAAGUAGAUGGGAAGAUCAUCAAAAAGGAUAUAGAGGUUUACACCCAAGACGGGACAGUGGACAGACAUGGUCAUCCUGCAAUUCGGCAAAGAACUGGAACUUGGAUUGCUGGAAUUCUAAUACUAGUAAAUCAAGGGCUGGCAACGUUGGCAUUCUUUGGAGUGGGAGUGAACUUGGUUCUGUUUCUGACAAGAGUACUGGGCCAAAACAAUGCAGACGCUGCAAACAACGUCAGCAAAUGGACUGGAACCGUUUACAUUUUCUCUCUCCUGGGAGCAUUUCUGAGUGAUUCUUACUGGGGGAGGUACAAGACUUGUGCAAUCUUCCAGGCCAUCUUUGUCGUUGGUCUGGUCUCAUUGUCCCUGUCGUCCUACAUAUUCUUACUCAAGCCCCAUGGUUGCGGGAGUGAAAAACUCCCAUGUGGAUCCCACUCAAAUUUCGAGAUUGCCUUGUUCUACCUCUCCGUCUACCUCGUUGCCCUUGGAAAUGGAGGAUACCAACCCAACAUAGCCACCUUGGGGGCUGAUCAAUUUGAUGAAGAGGACCCCAAAGAAGGGCACUCCAAAAUAGCCUUCUUCAGCUACUUCUAUUUAGCUUUAAAUCUCGGUUCUCUCUUUUCAAAUACUAUUCUAGGCUAUUUUGAGGACCAAGGGAUGUGGGCUCUUGGGUUUUGGACCUCUGCUGGUUCUGCUCUUUUGGCAUUACUGUUGUUUCUUUGCGGUACUCCGCGGUACAGGCACUUCAAAUCCAAAGGCAAUCCUCUCUCUAGGUUUUGCCAAGUGCUGGUUGCUGCAUUCAGAAAUUGGAAACACAACAAGAGGGACCUAAAUGAAGAGGAUCUUUUUGAGAGCAACUUCUGCUCCCAAGACGGAGAUCACAGAAAGAUACUACAUACUGAUGGAUUUAGAUUCUUGGAUAGAGCAGCCCUGAUCACAUCUGAGAAUAAUGUUAACGCUGAUAUUCGCAAUCCAUGGCGGCUUUGCACAGUUACACAAGUGGAAGAGGUUAAGUGCAUACUGAGGCUCCUCCCGAUUUGGCUAUGCACAAUUCUCUACUCCGUAGUAUUUACUCAAAUGGCAUCGCUGUUUGUGGAACAAGGUGCCGCAAUGAAAACGACCAUCUCCAGUUUCCACAUUCCUCCUGCAAGCAUGUCUAGUUUUGACAUAGUGAGUGUGGCAGUAUUCAUAUUCAUGUACAGAAGAAUUCUGGACCCACUAGUUGCGAGGAUAAGAAAGGACCCGAGGGGACUGACCGAACUUCAAAGAAUGGGAAUCGGGCUAGUUAUUGCGAUAUUGACAAUGGUGUCAGCAGGGGUGGUGGAACUGUUCAGAUUGAAGUAUAAGAAUACGCAAAAAGCAGUGUGUGCAGACUGCGAAAGUGAGAGUUCAUUGAGCAUAUUCUGGCAGAUUCCACAAUAUGUGCUGAUAGGAGCAUCAGAGGUAUUUAUGUAUGUGGGGCAAUUGGAAUUCUUCAAUGCCCAGACACCGGAUGGAUUGAAGAGCUUCGGGAGCGCACUCUGCAUGACCUCCAUAUCACUUGGCAAUUAUGUGAGUAGCUUGUUAGUCACAGUUGUGAUGAAAAUAUCAACUAGAGAUGAGAUGCCUGGAUGGAUUCCUGGAAACCUUAACAAAGGUCACCUUGAUAGGUUUUACUUUCUCUUGGCAGCCUUGACAACUGCCGAUCUCAUUAUUUACAUUUUAACUGCCAAAUGGUACAAGUACAUCAAGUUCCAGGGCAAGAUAUCUGCCAAUAUUAUUAAUCAACAAGUUUGAUCUCCACAACUUUAUAUA